AUGGUGAACAGUCAGGUGGGCGGUGGUGUGGCGUCAGCCCCCAGGUCGUGUGCUGGAUGCGGGGGAAAGAUCGCUGACCGCUUCCUGCUCUUCUCCAUGGAGCGCUACUGGCACACACGCUGCCUCAAUUGCUCCUGCUGCCACGCACACCUGGGCGACAUCGGCACCACCUGCUACAGUAAAGGAGGCAUGAUCCUGUGUAGGAGCGACUAUAUCAGGUUGUUCGGGCACAGUGGGGCAUGCAGCACCUGUGGCCAGUCCAUCCCGGCUAAUGAGAUGGUGAUGAGGGCACAGGGCAAUGUGUAUCAUCUCAAGUGUUUCACAUGUGCCACCUGUAGAAACCGACUGGUGCCAGGCGACCACUUCCACUAUGUCAACGGCACCAUCUUCUGUGAGCACGACCGGCCAGGGGGUGCACUGCUCAGCAGCCACCUGCCCCCACUGCAGAGCAACCCUGUGUUGUCUGACCAGAAGGUGAAAGAGGGACCAGGACCAUGA